CCCUUUCCUCACAUUGUGUUGAGCUUCACACAGCCUCCAGCCACCUUGGUGAAGGAGAACCCAGGCUCUUAAAAAACAAGAUGGACUUCAGUGGAACAUGGCAGGUCUAUUCUCAGGAGAACUAUGAGGAGUUCCUCAGGGCCAUGGAACUCUCAGAAGAUGUCAUCAAGAUGGCUAAAGAAGUCAAGCCAAUUACUGAGAUCAAGCAGACUGGCAAUGACUUUGUCAUUACCUCCAAGACGCCUGGAAAGUCUGUGACCAACUCCUUCACCAUUGGCGAGGAGGCUGAAAUUACCACAAUGGAUGGCAAGAAGCUAAAGUGCAUUGUCAAUAUUGAGGGUGGCAAACUGGUCUGCAAAACUGGCAAGAUGUGUCACAUGCAAGAGCUGAAGGGAGGAGAAAUGAUUGAGACUAUGACUGUGGGCUCAACAACUCUUGUCAGGAGGAGCAAAAAGAUUUAAAUUUGGCAGCAAAAAUAAACUCAAUGUAUAUUUAAAUAAAGUGUGGUUAACUAA